CAUGGGUGAGAUAGUGCCAAAUCAAUUAUUUGUUGCUGGUUAUAGUCGUAGCAAAAUAUCAGAUGAAAAGGGAAUCAAAGAUAUUUUCAAGAAAUAUGGAACCAUCAAAGAAAUUGCCUAUAAAGGUUCAUAUUCAUUUGUUGUAUGAAUUUCACUUUCUAUAAACAGACUUUGUCCUCAGAAUCAGAAGCCUAAAAUGCUAUCUCUGCCAUUAAUGGACAAUUAAUCAAUGGAUAAAAGUUUAAAGUAGAUAUAGUUGACAACCGUAAAGGCAAACGAAUUGGUCCUUAAGAAAAGGAUUAAUGUUUUAGAUGUGGAAAGGGUGGUCAUUGGUAUUUCUUUUUAUACUUAUUAAAGGGCUCGAGAAUGUCCUAAUCGUACAUCACCUAUGAGAAGAGGAAGAUAUACUAAUUCACGAUCAAGGUAUUUAAAAUUUCUAUAUUUUGAGACAUCAAAGAUCAAGAAGAUCUGAUUCAAGAUCUCAUUCAUAUUCUUCAUAUUCAUCUUCUCAUUCAAGAAGGAGAAGAGAUACAAAGAAGAGAAACAAGUACAGCAGAAGAAGUAGAAGCCCAAGAAGAGAUAACAAGAGAAAGAAAAGUACCAGUUGCAGAAGAUCACAAAGCAAUUCAAGGUCCAGAUCAUCAGUUAGCAAUAAAUAACGCUAGUCACACAAGUCAUCAUCAUCUAAAUGAG